AUGUUCCUCUCAACUAUCAGAGCACAAUGUCUGGCAUUGCGUCCAAACUCCCUAGUUCUCCCACACUUGACUACACAAUACAGGUCUUUAUCGACAUCUACCGAGAAAGAGCCGUAUUGGCAGAAAAUCGAGCCCUGGAAAGACGUUACGGCAGAGGACUUCAAGUCCUAUCGAUGGCAGCUUGCAAAUACCGUACCCGACACGCGAAGACUACAUCGUUUCUUGUCGGAUGUUCUUCCGCCGGUACUUGGUACCUCGAAAAACCGUCUGCUCAGCAAAAUAAGGACAAGGGAGCAGUUCAUCGAAGACGCGACUGCUGCGCUAAAGUUGGCGCCAAUGGCGAUCAGAUUGACCCCGCAUCUCCUAUCAGUUAUCGACUGGGAAAACCCGCUAGAUGAUCCGAUUCGUCGACAGUUUCUCCCAUUGGCAAGUGGGAUUGUUCCGGAUCACCAGAAGUUGACGCUCGACUCACUCAACGAGCAGGACGACUCACCUGUACCUGGCCUAGUCCACCGCUACCCUGGAAGGGCUUUAUUUCUUGCAACAUCGAUCUGCCCAGUGUACUGCCGAUUUUGUACUCGCUCCUACGCUGUGGGAGCCAACACAGAGACCGUUUCGAAGUCACCACAGAAGCCUAGUCGGCGGCGGUGGGAGGUCGUUUUCCAACACAUCGAGAAUGAUCCAAGCCUUCAUGACAUCGUCGUCUCUGGCGGUGACGCCUACUACCUGCAACCUGAAGAUCUUCGAGAGAUAGGCGAACGGCUACUCAGCAUCCCUCAUAUUCAGCGUAUUCGUUUCGCCUCGAAAGGCUUGGCUGUGGCUCCGUGUCGCAUUGCUGACGAAACUGAUCCAUGGACCAACGUUCUCAUUGAACUUUCGAACAAAGGCCGAGACAUGGCCAAACAAGUGUGCCUGCACACGCACAUCAACCAUGUCAACGAAAUCACGUGGGUCACACGUGAAGCUGCCAAUCGUCUGUUCAAGCAUGGUGUGAUUGUACGCAACCAGUCGGUGCUGCUGAAGGACGUCAACGACACCAAGGAGGCCCUUUCUAACCUGAUCGAGGCGCUUGCCAGCAUGAACAUUCAGCCUUAUUACAUCUACCAGUGCGAUAUGGUACGUGGCAUCGAAGACUUGCGCACACCCCUGCGAACGAUCCUGGACCUUGAUAAGGAACUACGCGGCACGCUCUCUGGAUUCAUGAUGCCAUCUUUCGUUAUCGAUCUUCCGGGCGGUGGCGGUAAGCGUCUCGUCAGUACAUGUGAGUCGUACGACGAAACCACGGGCGUUGCGGUAUACAGAGCUCCCGGCUUACCCGGCAAAAAAGGCACUCAGACUUACGAGUACCAUGACCCUAAGCCAGUCUCAGACGAUGUUCUCGAAGAGUUGCGUCAGGAGCAGGAGCAAGCUCUCGAGCAGAAUUUGACUCUGCAAGACCUCGUCAGUCCUGUAGCUCCGCCGAGGCCAUCCAUGCCGCUUCGACGUCCACCAUUCGACUUCGACAUCGCCGUUCCGCGGAAGCGUACUCCUGCCAGCAUCCGGCGCACAGCUGUCAAGCCGGAGGCGUUAGCUUUGCAACUCAGCACCACCAACUAUCAGCCUUCAUCUUCCGCGGCCGCGGCUUAG